AUGAAGCAUGAGGAGCAGAGAGGGAGAGAGACAGAGACGGGUCGACAAAUCAACAAUUGCAUCAACGGGGUCAAUGACAAUUUCUGCAAGCUCGUUCAACGAGGUCUCACAGCGACCGAGGCAACAGAGAGCCGAGACGAGCCACAGAGCUUUUUACUAGUGUUUUCUCUCAUGGAUGAUACCACCAUUGCAUUGAGCAUGCUUCUUCUUUUUUUAUUCAAACCUUUUCAUUUCUCUCUCCUCACACCUUUUUCCUUUGGUUUUAUUAUCAAACCUCUUUUUUUGUUCUCUUGUUUUUCACCCAUACAGAAAGUCUCUCAUACAUAA